AUGUUUUCGUUACCCAUGAUCGCGCCGCGCCCAGAUGCCAGCCUCUGGCCUUCCCACCACACCACCCAUGCCGCCUUUGAGGACACCCACUCGCACUCUCCACCAGACACAUCUCAUGGCCACAACAGCCGGCGGCCAACUUCGCACCACGGCCCACGUCGCCACCAGAACCAUCUCCUAUCCAGCCUGACUGCCGACGAAAACACAAUCGCGCAGCGCAAACUCAAUGUCCGCAGAUUCGGCGCGGGUUGGCUGCGUCCGCCUGGUGUCACCAAAACACUGCAAGCGAUUGACGACGAAAGGCUAGAGAAGGAGGAGCAAGAGAUGAUGCAGCGUAGAGAGCAAGUAAUGAUGGACCUAGCAGCCGCACAGCAGGAUGCUGCAAACGAGGAGCAAAGGGAAAGAGGAGAAAUGGAAGAAGAUGCCGGAGAAGGAGAAGUAGAACGGGAUCUUGACGAUGAAGUUCCUGAGGCACAAAGCACACCCAGUGCAUCUGAAGUAUCGAGUGACGAAGAAUCAGAGGAGGAAGAGGAGGGAAGUGAAGUCAGUGGCGACGUCCAAGAAGAAAGCACUGUACCGUUCAAUGAGGAUAGCUUCAUAGAAGGCAGCAUGCUCGAAGCAGAAGUGUCUCAUAUGCUGGAGAUGGAAGAGGCGGAAAUGGCAGGCGUGUUGCAAGACGAACGCGAUCUCGAUGACGAUGUUCCUGAAGCUGGGAGCUACGAACACACGGAUUCUGAACUCGAAGAUGACAGCGAUCUGGAUACCAGCGCUCUUCCACCUGGACUCAGCUCCGUGCGUUCGAGGCGCUCAACAAGGCGCCGUUCAAGUGGACGUCGUAAUUCGAGUCGCAGAAGCUCGGGGCUGCCUGGUGGUAUGUUGUUCGGGGGUGGACAUCCUGCGGUUGGAAGGGUCAGUCUCGGGGUCGAUCUGGGAAAUGGAAGGAGUAGCUUUGGUAUGGACGGGAGUAGUUCAUUUCUUGAAGGUAGCUCUUUUCUGCGGAGUUCGCCGGCGGGGAAUGCUGCGGCCAAUAGGGGCAGCUUGAGAGAUAGGUUUUUGGGUGCUGCGAGAGGUGGUGGAGGCAGCAGCAGGAGGGCUUAG